AUGCCCGAGCGUCCCGUUCAUGAGUCCUCGACGGCUCUCGAUCCCGCCGACCAGCAACCCAUCCGCGCCUUAAACCGGACACCCAAACCAUACCAUCACCAGAGCGCAGAGCUGCCACAUCCUGCCGACCGCUUCGUCGUAAGGGACGAAACCCCUGACGCGAACAAUGCCGAAGCCCCUUCGUCGUCGUCGAUGAGCUUCGGCGCAUUCUCAAAGGACUCGUCUCCUGCCAGUGAUAGUGGCACCGAGGCCGACGACGAGCACUUCCUCAAGGGGCUCCCUGCGCCCAAAGUCAGGCUCCAUAAAGGCCUGCGCGGGCACAACGAAUUUCCGUCAGGAGUGUCGACCCCGCUGGCGACCCCCGCCGCUGUCGAAGAUGACCCAGCGCAAGCCGUCGAAAAGGACCUCGUUGCUCAACAGCGCUCCGUCAAGCGCCACAUCCUAGACGCCGCGCGUCGGAACAAGGUGCUGGUGCGUCGAGCGACCGAAGCAUGCUUGGUGGCUGCCCUAGGAUGCAUGGUUGGGGCGAAUCCUCGAGUCUCUCCUUUGAUGAGCGUCUGGCGCAGAGACUUCCACUUCCUCAACCUACUUGUCGCAACCCUGCUCGCACUCUAUCCCUUGCGUGCAACACUGUGGGCGCAUCGGCACCGUCAGCCGUCCCGGGCGCUGGCGUUCAAACUCCCUUCCGACUUCGACCCUGCCCCGUUACUGUAUCCACCCACAAUCACCAUCUUCACGUCGCUUCUGGUUUCCACCAGCAACCCGGCCGCCGUGCUCCCGAGCAUCGUCCUGAGCAUAUGCGCAAUCCCGCAGUCCUUGAUACCGACCAUCGGUCUCUUCGCGUCUUUCGAUGCCAUUCACUGGGCGCUCUCGUGCCUUCCCUUGAUAUGGCGACCAUUCAGGCCAAAGCCUCACGGUGUUUUGUUGGAAGAGACACUCGUCCUGCUCUAUCCUCUGCAUCAGACGCUGUGCAAUGUCCUACGCCAUCUCACGACCACGAGUCUUCUGGAGGCUGAGCUUCAGCUGCUGUCUAUCGCACUGAUCAGCGUUCUGGUCUUGGCAGCCUCGCCUCAAGUCCAAGUUCUGAAGGCCCUGCUUUGGGUCGGGGGGCUUUCUACGCUUGUGAUUUGCGGUCCGGUCAUCAAAUUGGGCAUUCGGUUAGCACGAGUACCCAAGUGGCGAUUUCGAAGACCCUUUGAUUCUCAACAGCACCAAUCCUGGAAGCCUCUGCGCGCACUACUCCCUUGGCGUAGCAAAAAGCAAGAGUCGCCAGGCCAAGCCGCAAACGGCGACUGCCAUGACAGUAAUGACUCGGCCAGGGAGGAGGACGGGUACUCUACAUUCCGCGGGCCCUUAAGAAUACGGACACUGGGGUCCAACACUGAUUUGGGCGAGAUUUCUCCUUUGUUAUCCAAGGCCAAUGGAGAACCGGACUUGGGCCUCGCGCGGAGACGCACUGUGUCGCAUAUCGACAUGCUGCAGCCCAAAAGUCUCACCCAUACUGCUUCUGGGAGAAGGAAGCGGGCAUUUUCAAGCUCGCUUCGGCCGUUCUUGAAGCUUACACAGGCCCAGGCAACUCUGAGGACAUGGCUGUACGCGCUGUACGUUUAUGUUUGCUUGUUGGCAAUAAUCCUCAUCGGCGUCCGCGCCUACGUCCAGGAAUAUGCCCUCGGAGGCAACGAGCCCAUAGGGUGGGCUCUAGGCUAUGUAUUAGGCGACUGGCCGUGGUUUCGGUUCCAAGUCGUCAAAGCCAAUCUCGAGCGAUGGGUUUGCUUACCUGAACGUUCGGAGUCGGCGGACGGACGGCACUGCACCAUGGGAUGGGUACAACACCUUCGCCACGACGAAUUUGGCGAGGCAAACUCGAGGCUCAUCCUCAGCGGCUACUGGCUUCUUAUUCUCGUCGUCGGCCUGGUCAUCGUGUUUCGGCUCAAGGAGACGUACGAGGUUGACACGAGGAGGAAGGUUUUCCACUUCAUGAUGGUCGGCAUGUUCCUUCCGGGGACCUUUGUCGAUCCCGCCUUUGCUGCCUUGGGCUUGGUUUUGGCUCUGGCUGUUUUCCUCAUCCUUGAUCUCCUGAGAGCGAGCCAGCUGCCGCCCCUGUCGAAGCCCAUCGCGACUUUCCUGGCCCCCUAUGUGGACGGGAGAGACUUCCGCGGCCCCGUCGUCAUUUCUCACAUAUUUCUGUUGAUCGGGUGCGCCAUUCCUCUUUGGGAGGUGAGCAUGGUGUCCGGUGUCAUCUGCGUCGGCCUCGGCGAUGCGGCCGCCUCCCUCAUCGGGCGGCGCUACGGCCACCGCAAGUGGCUCUGGGGCGGCGGCAAGAGCCUCGAGGGAAGCGUCGCGUUUGCGGCCGCCGUCUUCGCGGGCCUGGCGGCCGCGAGUGCUUGGCUGCGGUUGGGCGGCUGGCCGACGACCGACGAGCCCAUGGGCCCGCUGGUGAGUGCCCGAAACGCCGGCGUCUGCGCGUCGAUGGCGAGCCUUACCGAGGCCGUCUUGACGGGCGGCAACGACAACGUCAUUGUUCCCGUCGUCCUCUGGACGUGUGUCAAGAGCCUGGGAGUAUAG